AGUCAUGACAUAUAUCAAUGCCAAGGGAAUAUGGCGGAGGUGUGUGGUUAAAGCGGUGUCUUCUGUUAAUUUUGUUUCAAGUGGACAACACUUGUGGUGUUCUGGGUUUUGAUUAUACUAUAAACUUAUAAUUUGCUGAAACAAUGAGUUUCUUUACCAAAGUAUUUGGUGGCAAAAAGGAUUCGGCCCCUUUGUCAACGGCCGAUGCAAUACAAAAGUUACGCGAAACCGAGGAUAUGUUGAUAAAGAAACAGGAUUUUCUUGAAAGUAAAAUAGAUCAGGAGAUUCAAACAGCUAAGAAAAAUGGAACGAAAAAUAAGAGAGCUGCAAUUCAAGCUCUUAAAAGAAAAAAACGAUAUGAGAAACAAUUGCAACAAAUUGAUGGCACACUGUCUACAAUUGAAAUGCAAAGGGAAGCACUGGAAAGUGCAAACACUAAUACUGCUGUAUUUACUACAAUGAAGAAUGCAGCAGAUGCAUUGAAAUCUGUUCAUCAGCACAUGGAUGUUGACCAAGUGCACGAUAUGAUGGAUGACAUAGCUGAGCAACAAGAUGUAGCAAAAGAAAUUUCUGAUGCAAUAUCUAAUCCUGUAGCAUUUGGACAAGAUAUAGAUGAAGAAGAAUUGGAGAAAGAAUUAGAAGAGCUUGAACAAGAAGAACUUGACAAAGAAUUACUCGGUAUUGAACCAACUGAUGAACUUCCCAAUGUUCCAGCUACAACUAUUCCUUCUGCACCAGCUAGAACUCGCACAAAAGCUAAACCUGAUGAGGAUGAAGACUUGAAAGAAUUAGAGGCAUGGGCAUCGUAAGCUUCGUACGGAGUCACAAACGGUGUCAGUUCUUCGGCCCAAAACGGGAUGAAUCUUUCUAUUCGCAUGAAACGUUGUGUGAGUACACCUACAUCUCGAGCUCCAUAAUCUUUACCUACUUCCAUUAAUUUCGAGUAUACGUGAAGUGCGUAUUCUGAGGGUAUAUAUAAGCAGUAACCAGAUUCACCGGUAUGUGUGAACGACAUUACCAUUACAUCAGAAGCAUAUGCCACAUUUACAGUCUAUUAAAGAUGAAAUGAUUUGUAUAACAAUUACGUAUAAUCGAUAAAAUCAAUGAAAUUGAUUACCUUGUAAGUAAAAGGAGAAAGAUUAAUGUCAGAGUUUGACAGCUCUGAGAGUAAUCCUGUUGCUUUAGGUCCUACUAAGUUAAUGACUGUAUAUUUUGAAGUUACAUCAUUCAGACCUACUGAAUGAUCAGCUGGUAAAUGUCUGUAAAAUAAAUUCGUUAUUCGUGUAAGACUAAUCUAUAUGUAUAAUGGUUAAUAAUAAUAUGUAUUAUUCAUUAUCUUU